CAAAUAUAACAAGAGAGAGAGAGACUUUUUGUUGGUGAGGAGAGGAAAUUAGUCUAAAAAGAGAAAAAGGAAAGACUUGAAGGCUCAGACAAGUGCACUUUCACAAAUACAACAACACAAAAGUCCACAAACAAAAGCAAAAUUACUUGUAAUCCUUCUAUUCUUUCUCACCAUUAGCCUUGUUUUUCACUCUUACAGCUUUUGCUUUCUCCUCUUCUUCUUCUUCUUCUUCUUGUUGUUAAUUCAUUUGAGAUACAAAUGGAAAUCACUUCAAGAAUUCAAGAUAGAGAGAACCUAUCUUCCAUAAACUCUACAAGAAGCAAUGGAACAAGUCCAACAAGCAACAGCAAUGGAUCAGUUAUCCAAAAUUCAACUCCACCGCUGACCCCAAAAACAAUUUCUAGAUCUGAAACAACUAACCCAUACCCAACAACUUUUGUUCAAGCUGAUACUUCUUCCUUCAAACAAGUUGUUCAAAUGCUUACUGGAUCAUCUGAAACUGCUAAACAAGCAUCUGGUUCAGAUCCAUCUUCAUCUUCAAAUUCAAAUUCAGCAAAAAGUACAAUUCCCCCAAUUCGAACUGCACCCAAAAAACCAGGAUUCAAGCUCUACGAAAGGAGAAACAGUUUGAAAAAUGGGUUCAUGAUUAGCCCUUUGAUUCCUGGAAUUCAUACUCAGAAUUCCAGUUUUUCUCCUAGGAACAAACCGGAGAUUUUGUCGCCUAGUAUUCUCGAUUUCCCUUCACUUGCUUUAAGCCCUGUUACUCCAUUGAAUGAAGACCCAUUUAAUAAAUCUUCGCCAUUAACCAAUCUGUCUGAAGAAGAUAAAGCUAUUGCUGAGAAGAAGUUUUAUUUGCAUCCUUCACCAAGGAGAACCCCGAGAGACUCUGAGCCACAGCUUUUGCCUCUGUUUCCGGUGAGUUCUCCCAGAGUUUCAGGGUCUUCGUCUUGACCUGCUGAUUUUUUCUGCUUAUAAUGAAAUUGACGAUUCUGUGAUUUCUGCUGCUGCUUUGAGACUUUGUUUCAAUUGUAUAAUUUGAUCUCCCUUCAUCCAUUGUUUCAGAAACAGAUUCAAAACAAAACAGAAAUAAACAACUUUUAUUUCAUUCUA